CUGCCUGCCUGAGGAGACAGUAACACACAUUUCCAGUAGAGAAAAGAUGAAUCUUCUAGUUCUGCCCGCCAUCUUGCUGGUUAUUUCUACCGUCCAUGCUUUCCAGUAUACAGAGCUGGUGCAGUACAUUGACAGCCAUGAAGAAGAAUAUGUAGAGGCUCUGCGGGACUGGGUUGCAAUCGAAAGUGACUCCAGUAAUGUUCUGAAGAGACCGAACCUACACAGCAUGAUGGAGAUGGCGGCUCAGAGGCUGAGGCUGAUGGGAGGGACUGUAGAGCUGGUGGACAUCGGAGAACAAGAACUUCCUGAUGGGCAGACGUUAGCGUUGCCUAGAGUGGUGAUAGCUCAGUUUGGCAAUGACUCCAGCAAACACACAGUGUGUGUCUACGGUCAUGUGGACGUCCAGCCAGCAAAGCUAGAGGAUGGUUGGGCAACGGAUCCCUACAACCUGACUGACAUCAAUGGUAACUUGUAUGGAAGAGGAGUAUCGGAUAACAAGGCCCCAGUUUUAGCCUGGAUCCAUGCUGUGGAGGCUUACCAGGCCCUCAACAUGGAGCUGCCAGUGAAUGUGAAGUUUCUCAUCGAGGGCAUGGAGGAGACUGGCUCUAAUGGCCUGGAUGCCAUGAUCCUGGCCAAGAGAGACACCUUCUUCUCUGACGUGGAUUACAUAACCAUCUCAGACUGCAACUGGCUCAGCAGACGACCCGCCCUCACCUACGGCACCAGAGGCAACUGCUACUUCUUUGCUGAGGUUGAAGGACCUAAACAGGAUUUACAUUCUGGAGGGUAUGGAGGCACUGUGAUUGAACCAAUGACUGACCUCAUUGGCAUUCUUGACACACUGAUCAGCCCCAGUGGUAAGAUCCUAAUUCCCGGCAUCAGGGAGGCUGUGGCUCCACUCUCUGAUGAGGAAUGGAAGAUGUACCAGGACAUCCAGUUUGACAUUGACAACUACAAGAACAAAAUCGGUGUCAGCCAGCUCAUGUACAGCAACAAGGUGGACUUGUUGGCCCACAUGUGGCGCUACCCUACCGUCUCCAUCCAUGGCAUUGAGGGGGCCUUCUCUGACUCUGGCUCAAAGACCGUAAUCCCUGCUAAGGUUAUUGCUAAAUUCUCCAUUAGACAAGUUCCAAACAUGGACCCUGCAAUGGUCAAGAAACAGGUAACAGACUACCUUAACUCUGUGUUUGCCAAGAGGAAGAGUCCUAACACGCUAAAAGUCACUAUGCUGAUUGGGGCAAAGCCUUGGCUGGCUGACACUCAGCACCCUCUUUAUGAGGCUGGGAAGGCUGCUGUCAAGAGAGUUUUUGACAUGGAUCCUGAUCUGAUCCGUGAGGGUGGGACCAUCCCUAUCGCCAGAACCUUCCAGGAAGUGACGGGUAAAAGCAUCAUCAUGUUGCCCAUCGGAGGCUUUGAUGACGGGCUGCACUCCCAGAAUGAGAAAAUGAGCAGGUACAACUAUAUUGAGGGAACCAAGUUAUUCAUCGCCUUCCUGAAUGAAGUUUCCCUUAUUGAGAAGACUACUGUGUGAUGUUUUGCAGUAUUAUUAAACAUUCCAGCUACAAUGAGCUCUCCAUGACACAAGUCUAGUUUUAUAUCUUCACUCGGCCUUUAUCUCUGUGUCUUGACAUGCUUUUAUUUAUCUGCAUCUCAAGCACAUCCUGCCUGUCUUGUCCUUUAGUUUCUUUUUUCCUUAAGUAUUUUCAAAUGAAGCCUUUUUCUAAACUCGUGAGUGUACACUGGAAGAGGAGCAAUGAAAUACUAAAUAGGUAUUGAUCUGUCUGUCUAUCUAUCUAUCUAUCUAUCUAUCUAUCCAUCUAUCUAUCCAUCAAUCUAUCUAUCUAUCUAUCUAUCUAUCUAGCUAUCAUAUUAUAGUAUUUUGACAUUGUGAAUUAAUGUACUGGUACAUGCUCCUACUUCUGAUUGGUUGAAGUGUCUGGAGUCAGGUCAUGUUGCUAUUUUCAUUGCUCACUUUGCAUAUGUGGCAUUUGUUUAUGUUCUAUAUAAUGUCAGACAGUAAUGCAAGUGUGUGAGUGUUGUGCAGUAAAAGCUCUACAAUGCAUCAAUGUAUGUUUUUUCUUUAAUCAUGCAAGAGAGUUUAUGAAGGUAAAGAACCUUCAUUUGAGUGGUGAGUGUUAAUAAUGAUACAAAGACACACAUAUAUUGUUCAUUCGGUCAUGAAACAUUUAUUAUUAGACAUUUAUUUACCAGUCAAGCAUUCACUGAAGACUAUGUAUAUAUAUAGUAUGUAUGUAUAUGCAUAUGCUUUACUAUGCGUCUGACAGUUGACAGUGUUCAAUAAGAAUGUUGAAUAAUGUCUAGGGGGAAACAGGGAAAAACUCCACCUGUUCCCCGUGAGGUUUUUUUUUUAGGUUUCAGGAAUUCUUUUAAAAUUAGUGCCAGUAUCUUAUUGUUAAACAGAACAGAUUAAGACAAGGACAUUUUAAAAAAAUGUAUUCAUGCAUUUGUCAAUAAGUACUACUCCUCUUAUGAUUGCAUCUGGUGCAAUCAUAUUCAUAUGUGUAAAACAUAUAUGAUUACACACAUGAACAGUUAUAAAGCAUUUAUUAACUUUAUAAAUGUGUUUGAAACUCAUGAAGAUCAAAUUUUACAGCUAUAAUUUUU